UCAUUGUCAAUUUCAUUUCGCCAAUCCACAAUAAUUCCACAGACACCAAAAGAAAAAGAAAACAACUUAACAUUAUUAAAUUCCAGUCUUUGUCUCCACAUCCAUUAUUGUUAUUCAAUAUCAAGCUUUAUUGGCGUGUGUAUUUCUCUUUCCUUGAAUUUUGGUUGGCUAUAAAAAUCAAACCUUUAACUGAAGAAUUCAGUCGCGUUUCUUGCUUUGGGUCUGCUGAAUCAUUGACCUUGAAUUCUGGGGUUUGAUUGGUUAGGUUUUGGGUGCUUUUCUUUGAAGAGGGAGAACUGGGUUUUCUCAAGUUUGCUAUCUGGGAAAUUGGGUUUGGGUUUCCUCCCCUUGUUGAUAUUGAAAGUCUAGCUAAUGAUUGUAAAGAUCCACCUUCAACUGUGAUAUAUUGAAGAAUUACUUGUGUUUUCAAUUCAAUUCAAUUCUGAUACUUUCUUUGUUUUUGCUAAAGGUAAAUUUUGAUAGUUUUGCUCCUGGGAUUUUAUUUUCAUUUGGAUUUUGUCUGCCCCAAAAAGAAUUGUGCAUUCAUUUCACAAUCAAUUUGGUAGCAUUUGCAAAGGACCAACCUUUGUAUUCUCAGCAAGAAUUCAAUAUUUGUGAAUUUUUGGCUGUUUGGGUCAUUGUGUCUGAAAAUCCUCUUCAUCUAGCUUGUGUUUGCUCUUCCCCUUAUCCUCAAUCUGAAAAAAAAGAGUAUAUAAUUUGACCGUUGGACAAAAUUUUUAUUGAAGCAAAUAUUUGUAGGUGGUUGAGCUGCUUUAUAGAUUUUCCAUAAGCUUUAAACCUUUGUUUUGAAGAUUUUUAAGAUAUCACAAGAUGACGAUUGGAAAUCUUGCACCGAAGAAGGAAAAGAAGUCAAGAAAGAGCAAAGGAGUUAUUGAUGAGAAUGCCCCCUUGUUGCCCAAAGGGCAAGAGGAUGUUGUGUUUGAUGAGUUUAAUGGAGCUUCCUUUACGGGAGCAGUGUUCAAUUUAUCAACCACAAUUGUUGGUGCCGGGAUCAUGGCUUUGCCUGCAACCAUGAAAGUGUUGGGCCUUGUCCUUGGAAUUUCCAUGAUCAUCUUUAUGGCCUUCUUGACCGAAGCUUCAAUUGAAUUGAUACUUAGGUUCAGCCGAGCUGGGAAGUCUGCUUCUUAUGGAGGUCUUAUGGGGGAGGCCUUUGGAAAAUAUGGGAAGGUUUUGUUGCAGAUAUCUGUUCUAGUCAACAACCUUGGCGUGCUCAUUGUCUACAUGAUUAUUAUUGGUGAUGUGCUCUCUGGAACAUCUUCAAGUGGUGUUCACCACGCUGGUGUACUUGAAGGAUGGUUUGGAGAACACUGGUGGACUGGGCGGGCCAUUAUUCUUCUUGUAACCACACUUGGCAUAUUUGCUCCAUUGUCAUGCUUUAAGCGAAUUGAUUCAUUGAGCUUCACGUCUGCCUUAUCAGUUGCACUAGCAGUUGUAUUUCUUGUUAUUACUGUUGGAAUUACGGUCUUCAAGUUGUUCAAUGGAAGCAUUGCGAUGCCCAGAUUGUUACCUGAUGUUACCGACGUUUCAUCAUUCUUCAAACUCUUCACUGUAGUCCCUGUUCUUGUCACUGCAUACAUUUGUCACUACAAUGUGCACAGUAUCCACAAUGAACUUGAAGACUCGACGCAGAUAAGAGGGGUUGUGCAAACCUCACUUGCUUUAUGCUCAUCUGUUUACAUAAUGACAAGCCUUUUUGGGUUCCUCCUAUUUGGGGACGGAACUCUUGACGAUGUGCUUGCCAACUUUGACACCAACCUUGGCUUACCUUACAGUUCCGUUCUCAAUGAUGCUGUUCGUGUCAGCUAUGCUGCUCACCUUAUGCUUCUGGAUAAUAUGAGAUUUGCACUGGUCACCAUUGGGCUCAUAAGUGUCAUCUUCUUGGGUGCAAACUUUAUCCCCAGCAUCUGGGAUGCUUUCCAGUUCACUGGAGCAACUGCUGCAGUUUGCCUUGGGUUCAUUUUUCCUGCUGCAAUUACUCUCAAGGAUCGACACAACAUAGCCACUAAGAAGGACAAGAUCUUGAGUGUUUUUAUGAUUGUACUAGCUGUGUUCUCAAACGUGGUGGCCAUAUAUAGUGAUGCCUAUGCCUUGUUCAAGAAUUCAUCACGGCGUGAAUGAUAUCCGAUGUGAGGACAUGCCGGAAGGUGCUCAUGUUUUUAGUGAAGACCAACUGGCUGGAUCCAAACUGUAUUAGAAAACCAGGGUUUUCUGAGAGCGUUCAAUAAAAAAUAAAGGAACACUCUGCACAAUGUAUAAAAUGUUAGUUUGCUUAGUGCAAGAAGCGGGCAAUGGAAUUCACUCCCCUCCGCACGUGUGUUGUAUUACAUUGUUCUUCACAUUGAACUCUUUUUUGUACCAAAAUGAAGUGAGCUUUGAGAAAUACAAAUAUGUAUUAUAAAUUUGUCAUGCAAUUUUCUUUGCACAA